GGGUUGAGAUUUCCAUCUUAGAGCCUGAGUUAUCAAUAACAUAGGAAGACUGAAGAGACACCAGUAUGAAAGACCAAGAGCCGAUUAAAGUGCAAGAUUUUAAUGAGAUAUCGAAAAUGAGCCAAGAAAACAUUAAAGUACUGGAGAGUGACUUUUCAGAAGACAGAGAGAAGAGACAGCAGCUGAUGUCUGCCUUUGUUACUAUUCAGGAGGCCUUGAAAGUGGAUAGUGAGGAAUUCCAAAAAUCAAAGUCAGAACUCUUGGGCCUUUAUGAGGAAAUUCAAAGUCUUCCGAGGGCCGAGGGCAGAGACCAGUUCUUAAUAGCAUAUAAGCUGCUACAAAGAGAGAACUCUGAAUUAGAAGCCAAGGUCUUGAAGCUUUCACAAGAAUUGGAACACUUAAAAUACUGCUCCGUAGGGGACAAAACUGCUAACUUAAUGACCAGUGAAAGCCUCUGUGAAGAUCUGGUGUCUAAAGCGCCACCUUUGGAAGCAGAGGUUCUGAGCCCAAGCGAAGAAAGACAGGCACUCUGUUCUGAAUUAGGAGAAAGUAAACAGGAAGAAAUGACAGAAGAAUCAGUGAAGGUGGCCACUUUUCCAGGAGAGAGGCAGGAGUCACAGCAGAAGCAAGACUGGAGAGGCCAGGAACAGCUGUUGGCCGUGGAGCCCAAGGAAGCUGGGAGGCUUGGAGAGGAGCAGACCCCCCAGUCUCAGAGCUACGGGGAUAGUUCAGAUGACAGUAGCACCCAGGUAGGUGCUGCAGAUACACACCCUGGGUCCCGUCCUUUGGAAAUAAAAGCUUUUGAAUUACGGGAGCACCACCCAGCAGCCUUAGGCCUAGAAACCUCUGUGUUGUACGUGAGCGAACUAACUCCCAAAGCCUUUGUCCGUGAGCACUCAGACCCCCCACACGUGUGUUGA